ACCGAGCCGGCAGGCGAGGGUUGUACAAAAAGACCGACGUCUGAUAUUUCUCUGAACAUAGCGAGCAAGCGAGGUUAAUAAGAAGUUUAUUAUAUGGCAUUCAUAAUCAUUUAUACUUGAAACAAACAAGCAAUGGAUGAUUUGAAAUGCAUAUUAUUAGCGUGCUACACAUUUGGUCGAAAUAAAAUCCCCAUUUAUUCCUUCUUUUCCGCUAAAAACCAUUCGCAGAUAUCUUAUUAAUAACAAAUUAAAUUAUAAUUUGCAUGUGUUUGUUUUUACGUAAUGGAUCGCCGGUGAAUUACAGGAAAAUAAUGGACCGCUGAAAGUGUUUCUCAGCCAUUCACAGUCCGCCAUUUCACCGGAAGUGAUGCUUCCAUAUAAUAAUAAUCAAUAUUAAAUCCUGUCCUAAGUACCUUAUAUUUAUGCUUUUCUAUUUCGACAGAUAUAAAUGAAUGUUUAGAAAAUACACACGAUUGUGAUAAGAAUGCCACUUGCACCAAUGCGGAAGGAUCCUUUAACUGUUCUUGCAAGAAUGGAUACAGAGGAAAUGGUACAUCAUGUAAAGGUGAGUGUCUAUUUUGAUGUUACCCAGGCUUUUUCCUCUUGUGGAGGAAAAAUCCUGACUGGUGCUGGUCAAGUGUCCUAUAUAUAAUUAAUUGGCUAUGAGGGUGAGAGGUAAUUAAUUGGCUAUGGGGGGAGGGCAGCUGAAGGAAAACAAUUUUGCACUGAAUCGUCAUAUUCCAUGCUUAAUAUAAUACAUUUGCCCAAAUUUUGAAUUGCAACGUACAAUCAACGUUUUUGAACACUUUUUUUAAGAAACAUCGAUCAAAAGUUUAUUUGUUUCAUGUACAUUUAGUUAUUGAACGGCACUCUUCUCAAUUUUACAUUUUUUUCAUCCUUGCAUUUUUUCCCAAAUAUUCUGCCUUUUAUUGCCUACUAAUUACUGUAAAAGUAUACGAUAAGUGUACUUUUUACCUGUAGUUUUAGUUAUUUUCACUUUUGUCGUAUUGCUAUUGUUGUUGACGCAGUUUUAUUACUAUGGUUAUUGUGGUCGUUGUCGUCGUCGUCAACGUCGUUGGUGCAACAAUUAAUCCUUUCUAAAUUAUAUUAUACUACUGCAUAAGUUCAAAAAGGUCUUUUUUGUACAGACCGAGUCGGCAGGGCGAGGGUUGUACAAAAAGACCGACGUCUGAUAUUUCUCUGAACAUAGCGAGCAAGCGAGGUUAAUAAGAAGUUUAUCAUACGGCAUUCAUAAUCAUUUAUACUUGAAACAAACAAGCAAUGGAUGAUUUGAAAUGCAUAUUAUUAGCGUGCUACACAUUUGGUCGAAAUAAAAUCCCCAUUUAUUCCUUCCUUUCCGCUAAAAACCAUUCGCAGAUAUCUUAUUAAUAACAAAUUAAAUUAUAAUUUGCAUGUGUUUGUUUUUACGUAAUGGAUCGCCGGUCAAUUACAGGAAAAUAAUGGACCGCUGAAAGUGUUUCUCAGCCAUUCACAGUCCGCCAUUUCACCGGAAGUGAUGCUUCCAUACAAUAAUAAUCAAUAUUAAAUCCUGUCCUAAGUACCUUAUAUUUAUACUUUUCUAUUUCGACAGGUAUAAAUGAAUGUUUAGAAAAUACACACGAUUGUGAUAAGAAUGCCACUUGCACCAAUGUGGAAGGAUCAUUUAACUGUUCUUGCAAGAAUGGAGACACAGGAACAGAAGGAAGGAUCCUGAAAGUGUUUCUCAGCCAUUCACAGUCCGCCAUUUCACCGGAAGUGAUGCUUCCAUGUAAUAAUAAUCAAUAUUAAAUCAUGUCCUAAGUACCUUAUAUUUAUGCUUUUCUAUUUCGACAGAUAUAAAUGAAUGUUUAGAAAAUAGACACGAUUGUGAUAAGAAUGCCACUUGCACCAAUGCGGAAGGAUCCUUUAACUGUUCUUGCAAGAAUGGAUACAGAGGAAAUGGUACAUCGUGUAAAGGUGAGUGUCUGUUUUUAUGUUUCCCAGGCUAUUUCCUCUUCUAGACAAAACCCGGGGGUGGUCACGUGUUCCAUAAAACAAUAUUGCUUUAGGGGGUGAGAUAUCAUAUUACAUGCUCUCUAUUCCGCACUUUACACUUCGAUUGCAAGGAUAAGUGUUCUGUACAAGUAAAUCAUCAACUUUGAGAAUCAUAUAUACUCUCAAUUUCGACAGACAGAAAUGAAUGCUUAGAAAAUUCCCACGAUUGUGAUGUAAAUGCCAUAUGCACCAAUACGGAAGGAUCCUUUAACUGUUCUUGCAAGAAUGGAUACAGAGGAAAUGGUACAUCAUGUAAAGGUGAGUGUAUAUUUUGAUCCAUAAAAUAGGUUUUGUCCUUUUAUUUGUUUCAACAUAUUUGAAUCAUUUUGCUUUUCCGUUACUCUUGUCUUGCGUUUGCUUCAAUUUAUUCUGACUAGGGUUUCCCCCUCUUAAUUACUCUAAAAAGGUAUUGAGAGCAUAAUUAAUAAAAAACAAUUUGUUAAAUAUUCAACAAUUCGUCGCCAAAGGCGAGGUGAUUAUCGGGAAAUAUUCACUGAGACAAAGUCGAGGUUAUUUUACUAACUGUUAUUUUACGAAAUGUUAUUUUUACACAAGACUUUUGUGUUUGUUUGGGCUGAAUUUAUUUUAUUUUCGCUUAUUUCUUUAUCCGUGAUUUUCACAAAAGAGCUUGUCGCCAUUUUGUAAACUAGUUUUUACUGUUUAUUCAACAAAAGUAUCAUAUUCCAUGCUCUCCCACUUCCGUACUUUACACUUCAAUUGCAAUGAGUAUAUUAUGUACAAAUAAACGAUAAUUUGAGAAUCAUAUAUAAUGCAAAAUACUCGUUAAAUUUGGUUCAUAAUGAUAACAUAUCCUUUCGAUUUUAAUUAACAACAACAAAAUUCCUAAAACAGGUUCAUAAUUAAUACAAAAUAAUAAUAUAAUAUAUUGUCAAUAAACAGUCCAGUUUGUUACACCCACGUGGAUUGCUCCACCAAAGAGUGAUCAAUAAUUCCUUACAUAUUCUUCCUUCGUUGUAGUUCUUCUCUUUCGCCUGCCUUUCAUCGUAGCCUUUCGUUUUCAUUGUCGUUACCUCUAAAUUCAACCUGCCCACGCUCUUCUUGAUCCUCGCGUUUGACUUCAGUUGGAUAUAAAUGCUUUAUAACUCGUCGGAGCUGAGACGGUUUCUUGUCCGGGUUGGAUACUUUGACCAUUUCUGCUCGCACCUUUUCAUCUCUCCCCUUUAUUAAUUCGUCCACUAUCCCAAGCUUCCAAAAAAGUCUCGAGUCGUUCUUUACAAUUAGUUGAGUCGUUCUUUACAAUUACAACUUCUUCAACAGAUAUGGAUGGUCCUCUGCUUUUUCGCUAUGCACGCCGUGUUGCUCACGCAGUCCAGCCAAAUAUUCUUUCCUCCAUUGGUUGGUAAACACUUGAAAAAUGUUUUUCUGGUGCCGGGCCCUUUUCGUUAAGGGGAGUCUUGACUACGUCAAAAUGCUCACUGUUCACGAAUAACAAAAUGCAUAAUCCAUUCCUGUGUGGUGAAGCGGCGGAUCUUCGGAUACACUAUCAGGUGGCAAAUCUGGCAAGAUUUCGGGUUGAAACGGCUGUCCUUGUAACUUCUGACACAACACACACUUUCUCAUUACUUUCUUUAUCGCCUCGCGCACCCCUGAAAUCCAAAAUCAUUCUUUGAUGGUGGACAAUGUAUUUCUUAUCCCACUAUACUUCACUCUUUCAUGAACAGCGAGAAUGACAAGCUGAACAAAAUACUGUUUCGUUGGUAACAAAACAGGAGUCUUAGUCGAUUGGGGAAGAUCAGCGUGUGCAAUACGACCCUAUCAUUUAAGAAGAGUCCUAGCUGAGGAACGAGUGACGGUGUACUCAAGAUACUUAAGAUUCAAGAUUCAAUAAAUUAUAGUCAUCGAAUCUGUCCAGUCAAAUAUUUCAACGUCUCGGAGUAUGGCUUUCACAACAGUGUCAACAAGUCAGGCUAGCAAAACUGCUCCGAGCAGUUCUUGUCGAGAUAUGCAUUGUAUCUUGAUUGGCGCUUUCUUGGUCUUUGAAGCUACGAAACGAACUUGUACUAUACGACAUUCGUUGACUGAUCCCGGGUAAAUGGCUGUACCCAUUGCCUUUCCCGAGGCAUUGCAAAUGCAUGCAAUUCAAUUGAUAUCGGUGUACAGUCCGACACGAAGUAGAACCUGGAAAUUCGUUGUCGGUUAAUAUUUUGUAGGUAUUGGCUUUCCAUAUCUCCAUGAAGCUGUUCGUCCCAGUCGACUUACAUGGGAUUUGAAACGUCAUUUUAUCUUGAUCGUGACCGGAAGAGGUAAACCGAGUGGGUCGAGUAUCUUCGUGGUUAAUUUCAGAAGGUAUCGCUUGGUGACCGGUAGUGUCCUGGCAUACAGAUUCAGUUCGAAUAGAUUGUAGAAGAACUCGACACGCGUAGUGGUCCAAUUAAUUCCGAGCAUCCUUUUGCUGUAUGGACCAACAUGAUACUUGGCAUAUGUUUCGUCUUCUUCGAUUGUUAUUGGUUGGGAGUCGCCCCCCCCCCCCUGCCGUGAUUGCUCUUCAUUUUCGACGACACAUUCUGCCCUUUGAAUGUUCUACAUGAUUUCUUAAACCGUUUAUUAAAAUCAAAUCAUCUCGCUGCCUGGAGGCUGAAUUUAUACAUGAUUUUUACAAUAAUUAUUUUAAAAUAUGUGUCCGUAAAAUUAGUUCUCUCAAAGAAAGACAAAAAUAAUAAAGUAAAAAUACUACAAUAGAAAGGUAAAAAAAACUAUAAUUAUAGGCUCUUGUUCUAAAAAACUUGAUAUAAUAUAAGUCUUUUUAACUGAAUUUGUAUUACACUUUGGAAUAAUUAAAAGUUUAAAUUCCUUAUUAAGUUGUAAAUAUUUGGAUGCUUUGUAGGUAAAAGAUGGUGAAAUUUAUGAUGUUUGUCAUUUACUAUGGAUUUGAAAACUUUAAUACAUGAUCCUUUCCUUCCUUUCCUCAAGGUUUCCAUUCAUGUAUAAUUCUUCAACGGCUUCUGAAUAUGAUAAAUCCGGGGAUAUCUGAUGCGCAAUGCUCUUCUCUGAAUCCUCUCUAUUUGGUCUGAAAGAUAUUCAGGGAGACCGUAAUGACUAAUUAAAUACAACGUUUGCAACGUUUGUAUACAUUAAUAUUUUUUCAAUACUGAAUUUAUACUAAAACAAUAGAUGAUUCCAGCUAUAGACUAAAUUUUGAUGUAGGCAAGAAGAACAAAAUUCAUCACCACAGCUAGAAAGAGCAUGCUACAAAUAGUAAAAUUGCAACGUUUUGUUGCGAAAUGUUGUAAAAUGCGGGAAAUAUAGCCCUACGCAAUUUGCGAAGUGGGAAAAUACACAACUUUCGGUCCAAAUGUGGUGCAUUUUCCCGUGCGUAAUACAAAUUAAUACAAAAUUUGAAAAAUUCGCAGGACUAUUUUUUCCGCAUUUUACAACAUUUCGCGGCCAAACUUUGCAAUUUUACUAAUUUUAACAUGCCCUCUCUAGCUACGGCGAUGGAUUUUGUUCUUCUUGCCCAAUAUCAAAAUUAGUCUAUGAAGAAGAAGAAGAUUAAUUUUAUUACCAAUGACAAAAAUAGAAAAUAUAUAUAUAUAUAUAUAUAUAUAUAUAUAUAUAUAUAUAUAUAUAUAUAGGCCUAUACAUGAGUUAUUAUAGUUAAUAUAUAUGGUUAGGUAAUAAGCUAACUAAAAUAGUCUUAGAAGACUAGCCUAGUUAGUUAGCUAUUGUAUGAUAUUAUGACAUAAAUAAUCAUAACAGACUGAAGAAAGUAUAAAUUAUUAUAUAAUGAAAAAUAAAGGGGAAAAAUAUUUGUCGAGUUUGAAUACCAAUUGCAUAAAACCAAAUGGAGUUAUAUUAAAUACUAUUUUAUAUUAAAACUAUUUAAAUACUUUUCAAGAAUUUUGCUAAUCAAACAUUUUUUAAAUUUUAUCUUUGAUAAGUCCUUUAUACUCUCAUCAAUUGAGUUCCAAAUACUAGCACCGUUAAAUCUGAUAUUAAAUUUACCAUAAUUGGUCCGCACCCUAUAGGUAAUGAAUAACUAGAACGAGAAGCAAGUCUUGUGUUAUAUUGGUGAAUUUUGUUGACAGAUGUGAAAAAGUCACUAAAAUAUUCAGGAAUGUUAUACCUGCAUGAAAAUCAAACAUCGAAUAAGUAUUACCCCAAAUGACAAUGACAUAUAAAAAGUAAGGAUAGACUAACGAAUAGUACAGAUUCGUAAGUACAUUGAUAUUAACGUAAUGACGUACUUUAGAUAUCGCACCAAUAGUGCGCUUAAUUUUCCUAGAAAGAUGAGAAAUGUGUUGUUUCCAGCUUAGGUUACUAUCAAACAAAAUUCCUAAAUAACGAAUUUUAGUUUCUUCUUUUAAAUAACAAUUAUUUAGAGUCAAUCUUACUGGGGAUGACUUUUUCUUUUGAAUUGUAUGGAAGAUAAUAAAAUUUGAUUUAUCAAUAUUAAGCGAUAAUUUAUUUGCACAAAGCCAAUCAUUUAUGUUUACUAAAUGUUUGUUGAUUUCCUUCUCAAGGGUGAUUAAACUUUUAUUAGCAUAAUAGGUUCGCAUCAUCCGCAAACAAAUGAAAAUCAAAUAGUUUAGAGCAAUUCUGGAAAUCAUUAAUGUAAAGGAGAAAAAGUAAGGGACCUGGAACACUACCUUGAGGCAAUCCGCAACUGAUAGACUCCAUCUCAGAUUCAAUACUACCAAUAGAUACAAAUUGUUUUCUAUAUUUUAGGUAGGAAGUAAACCAAUCUUUUGCAAUACCUCUAAUUCCAUAGUGUUCAAGCAUACACAAUAGAAUUUUGAGAUUGACAGUGGUGUCAAAAGCUUUGCUGAAGUCUAGAAAGAUUCCACAAGAGUAAACAUUAUCUUCAAUAGCUUUUUGUAUUUUGUCAGUAAUGGAUAAAAUAGCCAGGGAAUUGGAGUGCUUGGCACGAAAUCCAAAUUGUCUGUUGUACAAUAAAUUAUUCUUAUCAAUGUAAUUUAUAAGUCUACGGUAAAUCAAUCUUUUUAGGAUUCUAUUAAAAACAGAAAGUAUAAAUGAUAUAGGUCGAUAAUUUGAUAGAUUCAUAUGUGAUUCUUUUUUGUAGACAGCUAAAACCCUUGCAAUUUUAAACCUGUCAGGAACUGUACUGUACCUGUCGAAAUUGAUAGAUUAUAUAAUAUUUCUAAAGGAGUCAAUUUCAAAUAUUUCAAUCUUUUUAAUAUAUGAACUGGAAUACUGUAAGGUCCCACUGCUUUACUAGGAUUUAAAGCAUCUAUUUCAUUUUCUAUUUCACUUUGUGUAAUGGAAUAAAGAAACAGACUAUGUGGCUGGUUAGAUGGCAUGAAAGACAAUGGUGAUUUAUCCACAGAUGGAACUGAGCUAGCUAAUUUCUCACCAAUACCAAUGAAAACUGUUAUUAAAAGCAUUUGCAAUUGAUGCAGUAUCAGUCAAUUCACAACAAUCUUGAACAAUCUUUGAGGGAGAACUACAGCUUGAGAGUUUAGAACUGAUGAUCUGUUUUAUUCCUUUCCAGAUAUUUUUCAUACUUCUCGUAUUAGACCUAAAGUAUUCACAAUAAUACUGUUUCUUGCUUAUUUGUAUUAGUCUUUUUAAUUUGUUGCGAUAUAUUUUAAAUUUAUUGUGAGUAUAGCUUGUUCUAGUUGUUAUAUAUCUUUUAUACAAUUUAUUCUUGACAUUAAGAGAGAAACGUAUCGCGCUAGUUAUCCAAGUUUUCGACAUAUGCUUUAUUUUCUUUCUACUGAUCAGUUUUAGUGGAAUAUGUUUGUUAAUAAUAUUAGAUAAUUUAGAAUAAAAAGAGCCAGAGAUAGUAUUAACAUCAUUAGUUUCAGGAAGUUCAACAUGCCAGUUUAUCAUUUCAAGAUCAUUAAUGAGCUUGCAUUCAUCAAAGUUGGAAUAAUCUCUCUUAUACAUUUUAAAGUGUUUAGGAAGUGUAGUAAAUUUAUUAAUUAUUAGGAAAUUUGGUAGAUAGUCAGUCAAAUCAUAUAUUAAAUUACCACUAAUUGUAUAAUGACUAAUAGAGUUGAAAAAUAUGUUGUCAAUUAAUGUAGCAGAGUGAUCAUGCAGUUAUCCGAGUAGACUGAAGAAUAGGAGGAGUAAAAAAAUAAGUGCCCAGUGUAUUAGAAAAUUCCUCAGUUGGUUGAUGGGAAUCUAUAUUUGAUAAAUUCAUAUUAAAAUCACCCAUAAUAACACAGAGCUUGCUCUCUCGAUUGAUUUUAUCAAUGGUCCUAUCAAGAAAGUUCAUAAAGUUUUCGAAAUUACUUUUGGGGUGUCUAUAUAUAUAACACCACAUUGAAGAUUUUGUUGCAUAUUACUAUGAAUCUCGAUCCACAAUGCUUCAUAAUCAACUGUUGAAACUGAGAGAUCAUCCCUCACGUUGAAACUCAAUUGAUUAGACACAAAGAACCCAGCUCCGCCUGCAUUACUAAGGCUAGGCUGUGAAAGAAAUGAAUAACCUGGAAUAUCAGUAAUGACACAUUGUUCUUUUGUGUUUAGGAUAUUAGUUUCGGUUAAAGCGAUUAAAGAAAAUUUAUAAUUCAAUUCGGAUAAUAAUUCAUUAAGACUAUCAAAAUUAGCACUAAGACUUUGGAAAUUAGAAUGCAUGACAGAAAAUUGGUGAUUAAAAGUUGUUGAACAAUUCCUUAUUUCUGUACUAUUAUGGAACUCAUCUGUCGUAUAAUAUUUAAAAUUUGAUUGUAUUGGGAUGUUUAGGUCAGGGUCAAGAUUAGCAAGACUAGAAUUUAAAAUUAAUGAAGAAAGAAUUUCAAAUCGGGGCAGAUUAUCCAAGUUAAAGUCAAUCAUAGAGAAUGAGCUUGGUUAUUAAUAUACUUAAUUACUUAAUAAUAUAAUUAUUUAACAAUUAGAGAACUUAGCUGUCACCAUGAUCAUAUAAUUUUUCAAUGUCACUCUCAUCACGAACUGCUACAGCAUAACUGUCAGCAUCACGACGUAAGAAUAUCUUGCCAGAUGAAGUCCAUAAGAAUUUAUAUUUCAAAUCUCUUUUAGCUCGAAGGCAUUGUUUAAAUAAUGCUUUAUUCUUCUGAGUGAGGCUUUCUGCGAUAAAUAUUUUCUGCCCAGAGGAACUUAUUAUACCGAGAUCAUUCGUGGUUUUGUUGCGGAGAUUACUUCUUGCUUUAUAGUAGGAAUCUCUCACAUCUCUUCUGACAAAUUUGACGAUAAUAGCUGGAUCAUAUUGAUAAAUAGUCGAAAAAGCCCUUGAUUUGGGAAGGCGAUGGCUUAUUGAUAUAUCCGAAUCGCUCACAUUAACACCAAUCAGUUUGCCAACAUUUUUGACGAUGCAUGGCAUUAAUGUUCUCAUCAUGUUGAUCCCUUACUGGAAUGCCACGAAUCUCUAGACAUUCACGCCUUGAGUAAUGUUCCAUGUCAUUCAGAUUAUUGUUGACUGUAGACAUCUCACGAGAUAAAUUCUUUAAGUCAGACUUCAGGAUGGUAUAUAUUGUCUUUCAUCAAAACUUCUUUUUCGGAUUCAAGUACAUCUACUUUUGAUAAAAGUUCAUCAUAUUUCUUGCUUAAGAACUCCAUUGACUGUUCAAUUUUUCGCAUGGUCAUACUAACUCUCGACAGAUUAUCAUUAAGAGGGGAUAACUUCUGAUCCAAUAGCUUUCCCAGUAUCUUUUCGAUUGAUUCUAUAGCUGGAAUAAUCUAGUAGGAUGUGAAGUACGAGACUUCAAUUGGGAUCCAUUGUCAAACAAAAUUCUAACAGGUACAUAAUUAUUUGGAAUUGCUUUCGUUGAUGCAAAGGCUGUAGCAGUUUGUAGAAGAGCUUUUGCUACUCUUUCGCAAUUCGCUGUGACAGUUUUCGUCACUUGCUCCGCUUGUGCUGCCUUUCCCUGGUUUGGGCACGACUCGUUGUCUGGGUUGGGCUUCGUGUAGCCUGCGUAGCAGUCGCUUUAUGUUAUUGAAGAUUUUGAGGAUUUUUUUUUACAAGUUUGCCAUUGCAAUAGAUCUAUAUAGAGUACUAUGGUUACAAAUGACUGGAAUUUCCAUACAGAGGUAGUUCUCCAAUAACGGGGUUCCAAAAAAUAACAAGUAAUGGUAUAUCUAAUUAUUAUGAAAUUAAAGCAAACAUAACAAUUAAACACAAAUACAAGAAGACAAAGCAAACGUAUUGACGAACAAAAACUAAAUUUAGCAAUAUGUUCGAGUUGAUAAGUUCAUUAGUGGGCGAGUGGUGUGACAUUUAAUACACACUGACUUAAAUGUUCUUGGAUCUUCAGGGUCAUAAAUUUGUUGGGUUAAUUAUACGUACUAUUUCAUUAGAUUACAUUUAAAUGUAGUUAAAGAUGUGGUGGUAUUUCUUAUGAAGCCGGGAAGCGUGUUCCAUACAUUAGCAGCUCUGAUGUAAAAGCUGUUUUGAAAAGAAACAGUUUUACUUUUGGUUACAUGAAGUAGGAUGCCGUUAGUUGAACUAGUACAGUAUUCCUUGUUUGUCGUGUAGGGAUCUUUAUAGAUAUGUUAUUGUCAGAGUUAUUUAUAAGGUAUUUGUGAAGAUACACCAUAUCUAAAUACUCAUGCCAGUAACAUAGAGGGAGGAUUCCGAUGGUAGCCAAUCGUUUUUUAUGCGGGAUAGAUGUUUUGUACGGGAGCGAAAGAAUAUAUUUUUAUGCACGUCGCAGCAACCGUUCGAUCGUUAGGAUGUUGUUGACAAUUUGGGGUGCCCACACUUGACUACUGUAAGCUAGCUGGCUUCGAACGAUAGUCAAGUACAGUAUCUUUCGAACUCUUUUAUCGUGAAUGCCCGACGCUGUUCUCUUGACAAAACCCAGCAUUUUAUUAGCUUUUGAGGAUAAGUCCUGCACGUGCUGGUUCCACUUCAGAUCUUUGGUAAUACUUACGCCAAGAUCUUUUACACAGGUUAAAGGUUUGACUGGGAUGUCAACUAAUGUGUACUGGUUGAUAAUAGGUUGGAGACAACGAGUAAAUUGGAAGAACUCCGCACUUGGAUUUAUUUAAAUCCAUCCUCCAGUCUUGACACCAGUUCGUAAUAUUGUUAAGAUCUGAUUGUAGGAUUUCUCUGUCUUGGGGGUUACGAACAGCGCGAUGACAUUUAGUAUCAUCAGCAAACAUUGACACGGCAGUACUUUGGGAGACGCUAUCGGGAAGAUCGUUUACGUAGAUUAGAAAGAGGAUUGGUCCAAGAAUUGAUCCUUGGGGAACGCCGGAUAGUACUGGAAGCGGCUGAGAUGUAACACCAUGUACGGUGACUCUUAGAAAACGCCCAGAAAGAUAAUUUUUAACCAACGAAGAAGAUUACCUUUGAUGCCAAAGUUAUGGAGUUUCACAAGUAAAAGGUCAUGACUUACUUUGUCAAAUGCUUUCGCGAAGUCGAGGUAAAUCGUGUCAACUUGGCAUCUUUUUUCAAGCAUUUUAUGAAUGUUGUGAAGAACAUAUAAAAGCUGGGAAGUAGUAGACUUGCCUUUUUGAAAACCAUACUGUAACUCAUUCAGUUUGCUGUAAAUAUGAUCCAUAAGUCUAUUGUAGAUGCACCGUUCAAAUACCUUCGAGACUAACGACAGAAGUGAAAUUGGUCUAUAAUUGACCAUUUGCGUAAUAGACUAAAUUUUGAUCUCAACAAAAAUUUCAUUACAGCUUGAAGGAGCAUCACAAAAUUAGUAAUAUUCCAAAGUUUCGUUGCAAAAUGUUGUAGAAUGCGGGUAUGAGGGUAUGAGGCUGUCAAUUUCCCAUUUGUAAUCUAAAAUGACUGAAAAUUGCAAAUUUCCCAAGGCUAUAUUUUCCGCAUUUUACAACAUUUUGCAACGAAACUUUGGAAUAUUACUAAUUUUGUGAUGCUCCUUCAAGCUGUGAUGAAAUUUUGGUCUAGACUUGUUUAGUUCAAAAUUUAGUCUAUUACCAAAUGGUCAAUUGGAAACUUCAUGAAGUGGACUUUUCUUUGGGAUUGGACAAACAUUAGACAACUUCCAUUCUGACGGAAGCUGACCAGACGAUAAACUUUUGUUGAAAAGUUCACAUAAUAACGGAGCUAUACUAGCCGCGCAGUUUUUUAGUAAUACAGCUGGGGUAUGUUGUCUGGACCAGUUGCUUUCUCUUCGUCAAGAUUUCGAAGUGCAUAACGAACUUCUCCUUCGGUUAGAGUAAGAUCUGAGAUGGUGGUUAGAUCGAUGAUCUCAUUUUCAAAAUCAACAGAGAAGAGUUGGUU